CACUAACAAUGCUUAUAGUAGUUUUAUAGACAUAUACCCUAUCUUUGACAAGCAAGGGACUUCAGAAAGUUUUUUUGACGAUCUCAAUAAGCAACACAAUAGAGAGAAGAUAAUUGAAAUUCCAAUGAAUUCGGAAGAUGAAGGUGAAGAUACAGAACUUAAAUAUUCCUUAGCUAUAAAUCAGACAUUCGAAGGUUGGGAAAGUACUUUCAGCAAGCAAUACAAUGAAGAGAAUGUAGUUGAAGAAAUUCUAACAGAUUCAGAAGACGAAAGUUCAAAUGAAAAACCUAAAUAUUCUCUGACUUUAAAUCAAACCUUUGAUACUUGA